AUGGCAUACCAUAAUUUCUAUGCUCACACACUACUUGUCCUAGUGAGUUUAUUAGUGCUAAAUUCACCUUAUGUAAGAGGAAGAAACCUUAAAGAUGUCAAGAGAAAAGAUUCAUCUCCUACCGAGGAAACUGUCAGAACCAUCAAGGAUAACAAUGGAGAUGUUGUGGAUUGUGUUGAUAUAUACAAACAACCAACUUUGAAUCAUCCCCUCUUAAAGGAUCACAAAAUACAGAUGGAUCCAAGUUCAUCACCACGAAGUAAAACGAAUGGAAGAAACUCCCACAAGACUUCUUACAGCCUUGGCAUAAGAAUGUAUGCCAAUGUGGUAGCAUUCCCGUCAACAGAGACAAGGUUUUAUGGAGGAGGCGGCCAGCUUAGCGUCUGGAAUCCCGCUGUAUUAAGAGCAAAGGAUUACAGUGCUUCUUCAUUGAUCGUGGUUCUAAGUGAAACCGCUAUGUUAUCAGCUGGAUGGAUUGUAAAUCCAGGACUAUAUGGUGACUUCCAAACAAGAUUUUUCAUUUAUUGGACAACAGAUGAUUCCAUAAACACUGGUUGCUAUGAUCUUCAUUGUGAAGGCUUUGUGCAAGUCAACAAAAGAGUUGAUCUUGGUGCCGCCAUGGAAUCAAUUUCUACAAUUGGCGCGAAAAGCCACCUUUCUCUCCGAAUACUUAUUUUCUUGGAUCGAACGACUGGAAAUUGGUGGCUUAGAGUAGGUGGAGAAGCUAUAGAAUUUGGCCUGCAGCCCUCUUUACCAACAUACCAGAAGGAGCAGAGAGAUUAA